UUCCUGAGUACAGGGGACCAGUCAGCCAAGGGGAACUAUGGUCUGUUGGAUCAGAUCCAGGCCCUGCGUUGGCUCAACGAGAACGUCGGCCAUUUUGGGGGCGACCCCGAGCGCAUCACCAUCUUCGGCUCCGGCGCCGGGGCGUCCUGCGUCAACCUGCUCAUCCUCUCGCACCACUCCGAGGGUAAGGGGCACACUGGUGGGUCGCAUUCAUAUUUGAUUUGAUUUGCUUCUCAGUUCUCAGAUUACUUACUCUUACCCAGUAGAGUAAAGAUACAUGGAUGUACUAUGUGGUUACUCACAAGGAUAGAUUGGUUCAAAGUGAGUUCAGAGUGACGUCUUCUUAUUCCCCAUAGAAUACCAGAGCCAAAAGUAGUGCACUACGUAGGGACUAGGAUGUCAUUUGAGACAGAGAAUCAAAGUUUAUAUUGGGAGCAAUGUGGUCCAAUAACCUGCAGGCAAACCUUGACACACACACUCCUCUGCUUUGAUCAUAUAAUACUACCAGGUAUACCCCUCUGUCUGUCUUCAACCUAGAAAAGGGGGGGGGUUUUGGGGGGGUUUUUUGGGGUUUUUUCCCCCUUUUUUUAAAAAUCCCCCGGGGUUUUUGGCGGAAAGGAAGCCCCCAAGAGGGGGGGGGGUUUUUUUUUUUGGGGGCAGUUUUUGGGCAAAUUUUCGAAAAAUUUUUUUUUAGGGGGUUUUUUUUUGGUUGGGGUUGGGGAACCCCCCGGGGGGGGCCCCCCCCCCCCCGGGUUUUUUCCCCGGCCCACUUCUUCCCCCCCCCCCCUCCCCCUUCCCCCACCCCCAAAAACCCCCCUUUCCGGCCUCCCAUCUUUCCUUUUUUUCCCCCCAACGGGGAAAAUGGCCUUCGGAAAUUUUUUUAUUAACCGGGUCCGGGGGGAAAAAAAGAAACCCCCAAAAAUCCCCCGGGGGAGUGAGCGAGGAGGAGCCACCCCUUAUGAGGAAGGAGGUGAAGAACUUGGUGAUGGGGGGGGAGAUGAGGAGAGAGAGAAGGGGAGGAGAGAGAGGAGAGAGAGUGAGAGAGAGAGAGAGAGAGAGAGAGAGAGAGAGAGAGAGAGAGAUCCAUCAUCACUCUGGGUGUCUCUGUGUCUGAAGAUCAAGCUGACCGCCAUACAGUAUGUAUGUCGUGUUGUGUUUGUGUCUGUGUGUGCAUGUGUGGUCAUGCAUGUGUGCAGGUUUUCUGUAUAUGUUUUUUUAUGUAUGUGUGUGUGUGUCUAUACAUGAGAUUGUGAGCAAACAACCAGUAUAGUAUGUGCAUGUCCUCCUCUCCUCUCCUCCUAGCCUAACCUACAUGUCCUCUCCCCCUCUCCUCCUAGCCUAACCUACAUGUCCUCUCCCCCUCUCCUCCUAGCCUAACCUACAUGUCCUCUCCCCCUCUCCUCCUAGCCUAACCUACAUGUCCUCUCCUCCUCUCUCGUCUCGUCUCAUCAUUGACUCUUCUCCUCUGCUGCCACUCACCCAUACAUUAAAACCUGUUCUCUCUACUGUCAAACCCAUCUUCAUCUUCUUCAUCUUCAUCACCGUCCUCAUCGUCAUCUAACACCAGCCCUCCAGACUACUACUCCUCCACCUGUCACUCAAAGCCCCCGGGGUGCCAGGUAAGGAACGCUCUCGCUCCCCACGGGGAACACCAGUCAUGUCAUCCCACCACUCAACAAAUCAACUGUGGCAUGAUACACACGUGUUUAUGGAGGAGAGGGGGAUGAGAGGCAAGGGAGAGAGGAGGGGGAAGGGGUUGGGGGGAUACAGAUCGUUAUGAUAAGAGCGGGAGAGGGAGGAGAGGGGAGAAGAGAGGGGGGAGGUAGAGGAAGGGAAUAUGCACAGAGAGGGAUGGAUGAAAGAGAUAAACUGAUUAGGAUUUAGGAUGAAAUAUAGAGUCACCUCUCUCUCCUUUCUCACACUUUCUCUCACUCUAUCAAUUCUCACUUACUUUCUCACCCCUCUCUUCAACUACCUCUCCUUCUCUCCUCCCGCCCACCCUUCUCUCUCUCUCUCUCUCCCUCUCCCUCUGUCACGAUCGUCAAAAGGAGGAGACCAAAGCGCAGCGUGUUGAGCGAACAUCGUAGACUUUAUUAUAAAGAAACCACGAUCAAAACAACAAACCAAAUAUGACGAAAGUGAAGUUCAAUACUGAUAAUGACUAACAGCAACAAGGAAACAAAAACCCACAAAACCAAGGUGAAACCACACAGUAUAAAUAUGGCUCCCAAUCAGAGAUAACGAGCCGACAGCUGACACUCGUUACCUCCGAUUGGGAGUCAUAUGACUAAAUCAACAUCAAAACCAAACAUAGAAAUGCAACAACUAGAUCCCACAUAGAACUACACCCAAAUGAAAAUGACAACCCUGGCUCACUACUAAGAGUCCCGGAGCCAGAACGUCACAGUACCCCCCCCUAAAGGCGCGGACUGCGACCGCGCCUCACAACCCCACAAUAGGGGAGGGCUGGGUGGGUGUUGCUCCCCGGAGGCGGUUCCGGCUCCGGGCUUGACCACCACCCCACUAUAGUUACUACCCGCUUUCUUAACCUCCUCCCAAUGACCACCCUCCACUUAAACCCACCUGGAUUAAGGGGCAGCACCGGACUAAGAGGCAGCACCAGGCUGAGGGACAGCACCGGACUAAGGGGCAGCACUGGACUAAGGGGCAGCACUGGACUAAGGGGCAGCACCUGACUAAAUGGCGGAUCCUGGCUGGCUGGCUCUGGCGGAUCCUGGCUGGACGGCUCUGGCGGAUCCUGGCUGGACGGCUCUGGCGGAUCCUGGCUGGACGGCUCAUGGCUGGCUGACGGAUCUGGCUGCUCAUGGCUGGCUGACGGAUCUGGCUGCUCAUGGCUGGCGGAAGGCUCUGGCUGAUCCCGUCUGGCGGAAGGCUCUGGCUGCUCCUGUCUGGCGGAAGGCUCUGGCUGAUCCGGUCUGACGGAAGGCUCUGGCUGCUCCUGUCUGGCGGAAGGCUCUGGCUGAUCCUGUCUGGCGGAAGGCUCUGGCUGAUCCUGUCUGGCGGAAGGCUCUGGCUGAUCCUGUCUGGCGGAAGGCUCUGGCUGAUCCUGUCUGGCGGAGAGCUCUAGCGGCUCCGGUCUGGCGGACGGCUCUGAAGGCUCAUGGCAGACGGGCGGCUUUGCAGGCUCAGUACAGACGGGUAGUUCAGACGGCGUUGGGCAGACGGACAGUUCAGACGGCGUUGGGCAGACGGGCAGUUCAGGCGCCGUUGGGCAGACGGGCAGUUCAGACGGCGUUGGGCAGACGGACAGUUCAGGCGCCGUUGGGCAGACGGGCAGUUCAGACGGCGUUGGGCAGACGGACAGUUCAGGCCCCGUUGGGCAGACGGCAGACUCUGGCCGUCUGAGGCGCACCGUAGGCCUGGUGCGUGGUGCCGGAACUGGAGGUACCGGGCUGAGGACACGCAUCUCAGGGCUAGUGCGGGGAGAAGCAACAGGGCAUGCUUGGCCCUGGGGACGCACCGUAGGCCUGAUGCGUGGUGCCGGAACUGGAGGUACCGGGCUGAGGACACGCAUCUCAGGGCUAGUGCGGGGAGAAGCAACAGGGCAUGCUUGGCCCUGGGGACGCACCGUAGGCCUGAUGCGUGGUGCCGGAACUGGAGGUACCGGGCUGAGGACACGCAUCUCAGGGCUAGUGCGGGAAGCAGCAACAGGGCAUGCUUGGCCCUGGGGACGCACAUAAGGCCUAGUGCGGAGAGCAGCAACAGGGCAUGCUGGACCCUGGGGACGCACAUAAGGCCUAGUGCGGAGAGCAGGAACAGGCCGGGCCGGGCUGGCGACGCGCACCGUAUCUCUGGUGCGAGAGGCCGGAACAGGCCGGGCCGGGCUGGCGAAGCGCACCGUAUCCCUGGUGCGUGGAGUAGGAACAGGCCGGGCUGGGCUGGCGACGCGCACCGUAUCCCUGGUGCGAGUGGCCGGAACAGGCCGGGCCGGGCUGGCGAAGCGCACCGUAUCCCUGGUGCGUGGAGUAGGAACAGGCCGGGCUGAGCUGGCGACGCGCACCGUAUCCCUGGUGCGAGUGGCCGGAACAGGCCGGGCCGGGCUGGCGAAGCGCACCCUAUCCCUGGUGCGUGGAGCAGGAACAGGCCGGGCUGGGCUGGCGACGCGCACCGCAUCCCUGGUGCGAGUGGCCGGAACAGGCCGGGCCGGGCUGGCGUAGCACACCGUGGACCUGGUGCUUGGAGUAGGAACAGGCCGGUCCGUACCGGGAACACACACCACUGGCCUCAACCGAGGAUCAGGAACGGGCCGGACCGGACUGGCAACACACAUCAGUCUUUCACGCCGUGCCACACACACUUCCCUCCCUCUACUCGCCAAUGGCUCCCGUACUCCGUUAGCCUUCUCUCCUUUUCUCCCUGUGGCAGCCUCCUGCUGCCCAGCCGCCCAAGCCAUGUGCCCCCCCCCAAAUUUUUUUUGGGGUUGCCUCCCGUCCUUCCGACGAUGGCCCUGCCGAUGCCGUUGCUCCUCUCGCCGUCGCCUCUCCACCGUCUCGUUCCAUGGUCGGCGAUCCAUACCAUCCAGGAUCUCCUCCCAAGUCCAGGACCCUUUACCGUCCAACAGUUCCUCCCAUGUCCAGACCCUUUGCUCCUGGACGCGCUGCUUGGUCCUUUUAUGGUGGGUUUUUCUGUCACGAUCGUCAAAAGGAGGAGACCAAAGCGCAGCGUGUUGAGCGAACAUCGUAGACUUUAUUAUAAAGAAACCACGAUCAAAACAACAAACCAAAUAUGACGAAAGUGAAGUUCAAUACUGAUAAUGACUAACAGCAACAAGGAAACAAAAACCCACAAAACCAAGGUGAAACCACACAGUAUAAAUAUGGCUCCCAAUCAGAGAUAACGAGCCGACAGCUGACACUCGUUACCUCCGAUUGGGAGUCAUAUGACUAAAUCAACAUCAAAACCAAACAUAGAAAUGCAACAACUAGAUCCCACAUAGAACUACACCCAAAUGAAAAUGACAACCCUGGCUCACUACUAAGAGUCCCGGAGCCAGAACGUCACACCCUCCCCCUCUCCCUCUCCCUCUCCCUCUCCCUCUCCCUCUCCCUCUCCCUCUCUCCUCUAUGAGGAGUAAUGCUGAAGUCGCAGGUAGGGCCACACGCUCCCUAAUAGUCUUCCCUGGGAAAGAGGCUCUGCUCUGCGUCACUGCUUAAUUAUUCACCAGGAGUCUACAGGAGAGGAAAGGAGUGUGGAGGAAGACAGCAAUACCAAGGAGGAAGAGAGGGAGGAAUGAGAGCGCCCUCCUGUAACGAGGCACCACAGACAGAGAAAAAAAAAAAAGAAUCUAUGGAAAAGAGGAAGGGAAAAUGUUUAUUUAAUAAGAGGCAGACUGUGCAGUCCCCCAUCGAUUCCCCAGUCUGGGCUGAAUCUCAUACAGUAUCAUCUCAACUAUGAGAUUGGUGGAGUUUAAAGCACAUUACUUUCUAUCUGAUUUGUUACAGUGACUAAGAUAUAGGAAAAAUAUAAAAAGUUGUGGAGGGAAAAGGGAACAAACGUUCACAACCUAACUAAGUAUUCUUUAGAAUAUUAGCUUAUCUUUUACGGAAGGAAAAGAGACAAUGAGAGGAAAGCUUCUUUAGACUAUUGAGAUGCAACCUUGUCUGCUACUGUAAUAAUCUAACAUGUAUAGUACACUUUAGGCCGUAUUCAAUUUUUUGACCCAAAAAAAGGGAAUGUCCGCUCACCUUUUCUCUAUGUAUAGGAUCUUGUUUUGUCCUGCUCCUUUCAGAUUCACUUAUCUAACUUCUCCUUCCACUCUCUGUCCUCCAGGUCUGUUCCAGAGAGCUAUAGCCCAGAGUGGCUCAGCCAUCUCCAGCUGGUCGGUCAACUACCAGCCCCUCAAGUACACCAAGAUACUGGCCCGGAAGGUGGGCUGCAGCCAUUCAGAGACAGCAGAAUUGGUGGACUGCCUGAGGAAGAAGAAUUUCAGGGAGCUGGUGGAUCAGGACAUCCAGCCGGCCCGCUACCACAUCGCCUUCGGACCCGUAGUGGAUGGAGACGUGGUGCCGGACGACCCUGAGAUACUCAUGCAGCAGGUGGGUUGGUGGGUGGGGAGGGGGAUUGCUGGAGCAGAGGGUGAGUGUGUUGUUGGGGGUAGGGAUGGGGUGGAGGUCUGUGUGGGUAUAUUAGUCAUUGCUCUCUCUGACUGCAGAGACAGAGGUAUUCUAUUGGUUCUGAUGAAAUCUCAGUGCCAGAGUUACCAAGAGUAAAAUGUAAAAAUAUAAAUGUUAUGAUAAGACAUUACUAUAAUGUUUAAGUGUGAUUUAAGACUUUUUGGUGAUUAUAGUGCUUUUCAAGGUGCCCAAAGUGCUUAAAUUUUAUGAGGCAGUAAAACUAAUCUCAUCCACUGCUAACGUGUCGACACACCUAACAUGUCUUUCCCUCUUUUUGCCACAAGGGGGAGUUCCUGAACUAUGACAUCCUGAUAGGAGUGAACCAGGGAGAGGGGCUGAAGUUUGUAGACGACAGUGAAGACAACGAUGGGAUCUCAGCUGCAGCGUUCGACUACACCAUCUCUAACUUUGUGGACAAUCUCUAUGGAUAUCCUGAGGGUAAUGGUCUCUAUAUCCCUAUUAAUUGUAAACUGUCAUUGUCAAAACAUAUUGAUUCAAUGGUUGUAAAGAUGGGGAGAGGUCUGUCCGUGAUAAAAACUCCACAAAGCAAGUCCUUAUCUUGAUUAUUGUCCAGUCAUAUGGUCAGGUGCUGCAAAGAAGAACCUAGAAAAACUGCAGCUAGCCCUGUACAGAGCAGCACGUCUUUUUUGUCACUGUAAUCAGAGGGCUAAUAUCAAUACUGUGCAUGCAAGUCUCUCUUGGCUAAAAGUAAAGGAGACACUGACUGCAUCACUUCUUAUUUUUAUAAGAAACAUUCAUGUUUUGAAAAUUCCAAAUUGUUUGCAUAGUCAACUUACACACAACUCUGACACACACACUUACCCCAACAGACAUGCCACCAGGGGUCCUUUCACACUCCCCAAUUCCAGAACAAAUUCAAGAAAUUGUACAGUACUAUGUAGAGCCAUGAUUUCAUGGAACUCCCUUCCAUCUCAGAUUCCUCAAGUGAACAGCAAACCUGGUUUCAAAAAACAGCAACACCUCGCUGCACAACGCCUCUCCCCUAUUUGACCUAGAUAUGUUGUGUGUAUGCACUGAUAUGUAGGCUAUGUGUGACAUUUUAAAUGUACGUAGUUCUAUCCUUGAGCUGUUCUUGUCUAUAAAUGUUCUGUAUUAUGUCAUGUUUCAUGUUUUGUGUGGACCCCAGGAAGAGUAGCUGCUGCUGUCGCAACAGCUAAUGGGGAUCCUAAUAAAAUACAAAAAUACCAAUACCAAUUAAUGUACAGCUUUUUAUAAAGUAUUGUGUAAAGUAACAAUAUAAUAACAAUAAUAAUAAUAUCAUAACAAUAUAAUUCAUAACCACUAGAGAGGAACGAUGUGUCUCAAAGCCAAGUUCUGUGGUUUACUGUUUGGUAAAAACGUAUCUUUAACCUUCAAUUCACUAUCAUGUGCCUCUUUCUCUGAACCCUCCCUUUCUCUCCCUUUCUAUAUUCUCUCUCUAUUUCUCUAUUUGCUCAUCCUCUCCUUUUCGCUCAUCCUCUCCCCUUCGCUCAUCCUCUCCCUUUCGCUCAUCCUCUCCCUUUCGCUCAUCCUCUCCCCUUCGCUCAUCCUCUCCCCUUCGCUCAUCCUCUCCCUUUCGCUCAUCCUCUCCCCUUCGCUCAUCCUCUCCCCUUCGCUCAUCCUCUCUCUUUCGCUCAUCCUCUCCCCUUCGCUCAUCCUCUCCCUUUCGCUCAUCCUCUGGCUCCGUUUGUAUGUCUCUUUCUCAACUUCCCUCUCUUGAACUCUCACUCUCUCUUGUAUCAAACCUCCCUCCCUGUCCCCCUCUCCCUCUCCUCCCCUCCUCUCUCUCCCUCCCUCCCCUCUACCCACUGCCCCUCUCACCCCUCUCCCUUUCCUCCCACCACCCUCCUCCCUCUCCUCCCCUCUAGGUAAGGACAUCCUGAGAGAGACCAUUAAGUUCAUGUACACUGACUGGGCCGACCGUGACAACGGAGACAUGAGGAGAAAAACCCUUCUUGCCCUGUUCACGGACCACCAGUGGGUGGCGCCAGCGGUGGCCACGGCCAAACUGCACGCCGAGUUCCAGUCUCCCGUUUACUUCUACACCUUCUACCACCACUGUCAGACGGAGACGCGGCCGGAGUGGGCGGACGCGGCCCACGGGGAUGAGAUCCCCUAUGUGUUCGGGGUGCCCAUGAUCGGAGCCACCGACCUGUUCCCCUGCAACUUCUCUAAAAAUGAUGUCAUGCUCAGUGCUGUAGUCAUGACGUACUGGACGAACUUUGCUAAGACGGGGUAGGUGGUGAACGGUAGAGGAUAGAAGGUGGAAAGAAUGGUUUGCCCUCCCUGCUCUUGAGGACUAUAUCAUUUAGGGCUCAAUUAAAUCCGUAUCACCGAAAUUCAGCACUAUAGCCCGCUUGAAAUGUAAAGGUAAUUUCCGAUUGAGCCAAACUGCAGCUAACCCAUAAGAGUCUAUAUGGAAUUGUUUUAAGAAGGUCAUUUGAUUUUGAUUUUGAAUUUUAAGACCCCUUGAAGUUGAUGACAAAUAAUUCUUGGCCUUACUUCUAUUAGCCCAUACAAACACAUUGAAUAACAGAUUCACUACAUGGAACCACAGAUAGUCCCCAAAACAAAAUCUAAAGGAAGUUUGCUCUGAAGCGUCUGUCCUAUAUCUGAGAGAUAUAACAAAGAUCAGGAAACAUUUGUUAUUUGUUUUUACAUGUAUUUAACCCCUUAUUUUUGGCACUAAACAGUCUCCGUAUUCGGAAAGUAUUCAGACCGCUUGACUUUUUCCACAUUUUGUUAAGUUACAGCCUUAUUCUAAAAUGGAAUAAAACACUUUUUUCCCUCCUCACUCUCCACACAAUACCCCAUAAUGACAAAAGCCAAAACAGGUUUGUAGAAAUAUUUGCAAUUGUAUUAAAAAUAAAAAACAGAAAUACCUUAUUUACAUAAGUAUUCAGACCCUUUGUUAUGAGACUCAAAAUUCAGCUCAGGUGCAUCCUGUUUCCAUUGAUCAUCCUUGAGAUGUUUCUACAACUUGAUUGAAGUUCACCUGUGGUAAAUUCAAUUGAUUGGACAUGAUUUGGAAAGGCACACACCUGUCUAUAUAAGGUCCCACAGUUGACAGUGCAUGUCAGAGCAAAAACCAAGCCAUGAGGUCGAAGGAAUCAUCCGUAGAGCUCCGAGACAGGAUUGUGUCGAGGCACAGAUCUGGGGAAGAGUACCAAAAAUGUUCUGCAGCACUGAAGGUCCCCAAGAACACAGUGGCCUCCAUCAUUCUUAAAUGGAAGAGGUUUGGAACCACCAAGACUCUUCCUAGAGCUGGCAGACUGGCCAAACUGAGUAAUCGGAGGAGAAGGGCCUUGGUCAGGGAGUUGACCAAGAACCCAAUGGUCACUCUGACAGCGCUCCAGAGUUCCUCUGUGGAGAUGGGAGAACCUUCCAGAAGGACAACCAUCUCUGCAGCACUCCACCAAUCAGGCCUUUAUAGUAAAGUGGCCAGACGGAAGUCACUCCUCAGUAAAAGGCACAUGACAGCCCGCUUGGAGUUUGCCAAAAGGCACCUAAAGACUCUCAGACCAUGAGAAACAAGAUUCUCUGGUCUGAUGAAAUCAAGAUUGAACUCUUUGGCAUGCAUGCCAAGCAUCACGUCUGGAGGAAACCUGGCACAAUCCGUACGGUGAAGCAUGGUGGUGGCAGCAUCAUACUGUGGGGAUUUGUUUCAGCGGCAGGGACUGUGAGACUAGUCAGGAUCGAGGGAAAGAUGAAAGGAGCAGAGUACAGAGAGAUCCUUGAUGAAAACCUGCUGCAGAGUGCUCAAGACCUCAGACUGGGGCGAAGGUUCACUUUCCAACACGACAACGACCCUAAGCACACAGCCAAGACAACGCAAGAGUGGCUUUGGGACCAUUCUCUGAAUGUCCUUGAGUGGCCCAGCUAGAGCCCGGACUUGAACCCAAUCUAAUAUUUCUGGAGAAACUUGAAAAUAGCUGUGCAGCGACACUCCCCAUCCAACCUGACAGAGCUUGAGAGGAUCUGCAGAAAAGAAUGGGAGAAACACCCCAAAUACAGGUGUGCCAAGCUUGUAGCGUCAUACCCAAGAAGACUCAAGGCUGUAAUCGCUGCCAAAGGUGCUUCAACAAAGUACAGAGUAAAGGGUCUGAAUACUUAUGUAAAUGUAAUAUUUCAUUUUAUUUUAUUUUUUUGUUGAAAAAAAAUCUAAAAACCUGUUUUUGCUUUAUUAUUAUAGGUCACAAUUUAAUCCAUUUUAGAAUGAGGCUGUAACGUAACAAAAUGUGGAAAAUGUCAAGGGGUCUGAAUACUUUCCGAAUGCACUGUAUAAUACCAGUUGAAAAUAUUUAUGGACGAGUCUUGUGAGGCCUAUGGGCGUCCUAGAGAAACACAACCAACAUGUUCGUGAGAGUCUCACCUUUCCACAGAGGGGUCAUAUUAGUGUGUUUGCCCAAACUGUUUGGACGCUACAGACAGAAAUUGGCAGAUCGAGGGGUCAUAAUAUUUUCUAGGCCAAACUGUUUUGACACUACAGCUGAUUUUGUGAGAAGACGGAUUUCCGGUAUGUCUCAUGGUCUGACAUGCACCGCUCUAGCUCUGCCACCUUCCACCGCAGAUGUGAAAGUGCGACAUAAGUGGAUUGAGACGCAUCCAAUGCAGAUAUCUCUAACUUAAACUGAUGGAUUUUUAUGGGGAUGCAUUCCACCUUAGGGGUUGAGGGGUUGAAUGCAGUCUCCGCUAAGGCAGGAACAUUGCCUUUACAUUUAAAUUAUACUGCUGAACUUUGGCGAUACGGAUUGAAUCGAGCCCUUAGUCUUUGAUUUGCAGCCAUAACAAGUGUAUCAUACUAUAUGCAGGGGUGAAAGUAAGCUGGUACUGUCUGGUACGAAGUACCAGAAAAAUAAAUAGAUGACCGGUUUAACAUGAGCCUAUCACAAUAAUUAAAACAAGAAUGCCAAGAAAACUGCUAUUACACUAUUAUUUAUCAUUACGGCAUGUCAGUCGCAUGAAAAAUGUGCGAAUGGACUUGAAAACGUGUGGAAUACGCUCCAAAAUGCGGUGUGGUUUGACAAACAGUGACAUUUUGCAAAGGCCGAGUUGAUUGGCCGAGGCAGAGACGCGCGCGGACAGUGGAGGCAUCAAUUACUGAAUGUCAUUCAUUAGACUUUUGGUGUUUUGUUACAGAUGUUUCUUUCUGUUCCUCAAAUAUUAUGUGCACAGUGCACUGUAUGGAUGAGGGAAUUAUGAAUGAAUACGAGCAGGUAGCCAGGCGUACAGGAGCCUUGUGAACUGAUUGUUUGACAAUCAGAUGAAAACAUCAUGACUGGUUAUGUUAAUGGAACAUUAAAAGGUAAUACAUUUUAACAGUAAAAUGACAAAAUCUCUACUAUUAGGCUCACGGAGAUCCUAUUAAAUCAAUAGGGAUUCUAUAUGUAAUUCUAUGUUUAGGCCCGUGCACACAGGAGGUUCCACACCCGGAAUAAAUUAAAUCUACAAAAAAUGCAUGUUUUAAUGUCAAAUUCAAGAGAUUGUUUAACAGUAUAAUAUACUAUAUAGUGUCUGUGUGUAAUAACUUUGGAAUACCUUUGAUUGAAACCAUCUAAGUGAGAUUUUUAUUCAUCCUCUUUCUCCUCCAGGGACCCCAACCUGCCGGUGCCUCAGGACACCAAGUUCAUCCACACCAAGCCCAACCGCUUCGAGGAGGUCAUCUGGACCAAGUUCAACUCCAAGGACAAGCAGUACCUCCACAUCGGCCUGAAGCCCCGCGUCCGAGACAACUACCGGGCCAACAAGGUGGCCUUCUGGCUGGAGCUGGUCCCUCAUCUCCACUCCCUCCACGACGAAUUCCCCCCUACCACCAGGCUACCUCCAGGCAGCACCCGCCCCCCCGGGGUCCCCUGGAAGCCCAAACCCCGCACCACGGGCCACCCCUACCCCACCUUCCCUGACCCCGUGGAGCCCUACGGAUCAGAGCGGCCCAGACUGGACCUGUUCCCUGGUGACACGCGGGAUUAUUCCACAGAGCUGUCGGUGACAGUGGCGGUGGGGGCGUCGCUACUCUUCCUCAACAUCCUAGCGUUUGCCGCGCUCUACUACAAGCGGGACAAGCGGCAGGAGAUGCGGCGCCACCGGCUCUCCCCGCAACGCCACGGCGGGCCCGCCAAUGACCUGGCGCACAGCCAGGAGGAAGAGAUCAUGUCCCUGCAGAUGAAGCACUCGGAGCACGACCCCCACCACGACAUGGAGCCCCUCCGGCCCCACGACAUCCUGCGGCCCGCCUGCCCGCCCGACUACACCCUGGCCCUGCGGAGAGCCCCAGACGACGUGCCCCUCAUGACCCCCAACACCAUCACCAUGAUCCCCAGCACCAUCACCGGCAUGCAGCCCCUCCACCCUUUCAACACCUUCCCCAGCACCGGCCACAACAACACCCUGCCCCACCCCCACUCCACCACACGCGUA